ACGUGAACCGCCGUUCGAAGCUUAUCGUCCAUCAUCAGUCCCAGUAGCUCUGGAAUAAAUAUCGUUAUCACCCGUUUAUUACUUCUCCCUGAUUUCUAGUUCGAGACUUGAGGAAUGUAUUCGGUGUUUAAUUCUAAAAUCUGCUCUUUUUCAAGUAACUAACUUACCCAUAUAACACCGACCAGUAUUUAUUUUAUUUUUUCAAAAUGUCAGUCAUUAUCUCGUUUACCACAGAAGGGACAGUUUCUUCUAUUCCUCUAACUGACUCAAUUCUGUCAACUUUCAUUCCAGCUGUGCGCAAUACGGGCAAUGAAAGCGAUAUCAACUUUGGCCCAAAAAGAGACCCCCUAUCCACGGCGAUUCCUAUGACCCUAAUCUACACGGUCAUUCUGGUCAGUGGCGUAGUGGGCAAUAUCUGUACCUGUGUGGUCAUCGCUAGAAACAAGUACAUGCACACAGCCACUAACUAUUACCUCUUCAGCCUCGCAGUUUCUGACAUUCUGCUGCUUCUCCUGGGUCUUCCCCAAGAAAUGUUCCAACUGUGGCAACGUUACCCAUAUAUUUUCGGAGAAUUCUUCUGCGUGUUUAGAGGUUUGACAUCGGAGACUUCUACCAACGCGUCUAUCCUGACCAUCACUGCUUUCACGGUGGAGCGAUAUUUGGCCAUCUGCCAUCCACUCCGGGCCCACACGAUGUCAAAGUUAUCGAGGGCUAUAAUGGUCAUUGUGGCUAUUUGGGUAGCCAGUGCACUGUGCGCUGUUCCUUUGGCAAUCCAGUUUGGUAUUGUUCACGUAUUUUGUACUCUGAAGAUGCCUCUGAGUCACGCCUUCGAGACCUCUACGUUUCUCUUCUUCAUCCUUCCCAUGACCCUGAUCACCGUCUUGUACAUACUUAUUGGGAUAAAACUAAGAAGAUCCACGGGACUAGACCGUAACGAGGCCGCCCCCAAUAGCACGAACGGUGUGAAGUCCAACUUGAGACAAUCUGUAAAACGUUCUGGUCAGUCAUCUCGCAGAGCUGUUGUGAAGAUGUUAGGUGAGCCAAGUUUUUACUUUGUUUCUUUGUCAACAAACAUAACGACCUAUAUUUAUAUAUCCUUGCUGGUUAUAUAA